AACAUAGGUUUUACAAAACAACAAUCUCUGACAACAGUAAAGUAAACGUCGUUCCGGUGUGGCGAUUAUCUGCUAAUCUUUAAAUUUUAUAAUCAUUCAAAAUGGAUGCUCUACGCGAACAAGUUAUGAUUAAUCAAUUCGUUCUAGCAGCUGGUUGUGCUCGUGAACAAGCCAAACAAAUCCUUCAAUCCACUCACUGGCAAUUCGAGACAGCCCUAAGUAUAUUCUUUCAAGAAGCAGCUCUACCAGUGUGUCCAUCAGGUGCUUCGGCCCAUUUUGGACAGAUCAUGACACCGUGUAACACACCAGCAACUCCUCCAAACUUUCCUGAUGCACUUAUCGCCUUCUCCAAGAUGUCUACAGGAAAUGCAACCAGCCCGUCCAUAAAUAUUGGCAUAUCGUCUCAGCAGUCUCGUUGUUCUCCACAGCCUAUGACGCAGCAACGAUAAGUGUGCGCAAUCUAAAUCCGCAGUAUAUAUGCUCAGUGUAAAAAAACUUUUAUGUAAAUUGGAGACUAAAAUAUUGCUAGUGAAAUUUGUUGAGAUAUAUUUUUAGUUGUUUUGUUGGAGUAUGAACAUUGUAUUUGUUUACGAAUGCACCCCGAAUCAAAUUUGGGGUCAUCGAUUGGUUUUGCUUUAAUUAUUGUUGAUUGAAUUGGUAUAUUUUACUAGAAUUGGGGUAUUCUAGAUUGGCAUUAACAAGUGAAAAUUCCGAUCCAAAAUGUAGUUGUAAUUUUUUUAUAGAAUAAGAACACUUCUAUUCUAUGACCACUUUUGAUCACUAAUUUUGAACUUAUUUUAGCUGAUUAACGAAAAAACUGAUUUUUUUGAACAGAAGUCAUCUAAUGGAUGUUAUUGUUUAUAGAAAUCAUAACGAAAAUUUUGUGUAACAAAAACUUCAGUAGCAAUUUCACAAUUUUUUUUAUAAACAAUUCCAGUAACAAAGUAAGCAGUGAAGCUAAAGGUGGAAAUAUGCCGAUACUGUUUUUUAAAAUUAACUUGUAAUGUGGUGUUCAAAUUUGAAUCUUGUUUCUUCAUCACUGUUCAAUAAUACUCAUUUUUCUCCUGUUCAAUGUGAAAGUGCCAUUGUAUUCUAUAAAUGACAUUGCUAUCAAAAGUAUAAGCAAAUAUUUUGCCAGUACAAAAACCCUUGAACAUAUCUGAAUCAUUAUUAAUUGUUGAGAAGAGAUACAUACAUACUAGAAAAUAAAUAUUUUGAAAUAAAAUUUCGAAAUAUUCAUAUCUCACUAUUACCUACAACGUAGGUUCUGGUUAAUGGCUGCCGGAAAACAAAUACUUCCCCGGCUAUUAUCACGCUGGGUAUUGAAUUAUAUCUGUCAGAAAUUUAAUCAAGAUACCUCACAGAGGUGGUAUUAGCCGGGAAAUUAGUUGUUUUCAAGCAGGUGAUUACCAGAACCUACGGUGUAGGAGUGUAGGUAGUUGAGAGACAUGAAUAUUUGAAGAUUUUAUUUCGAAAUGUUAAUUUUCUUGUACAUUAUAAAAUUCUUGAUUGGAUAUUUAAAAAUUUGACGUUUCUGUUUUGGUUAAUUUAACAAUGAAUUUUAUUUCUUUAUUCUGUGAAAUUUGGUAGUUGCAAUUAUGAGUCUUAUCAAGUCAGUUUCUUCAAUUAUGAUACAUCAAUCUGGAAAAUCUGUGGGCCGCAUUCAAUAACCGUGAAAAGACUGAAAAUUGAAUAGGUACUAGACAGUGAAUGUGUGCACCCACAAUACAAGAUAUUUAUGAAACAAAGAUUUGAAAAUGUACUCGCCAUCUAGAAAAUUUCUCGGAAGUGAUAACUUAUUUUGAAAGGAAUUUUCAAACAAAUUUUCAAAAUAGUUUGUCUGUUGAGUGGCAUACGAAAUAAAGAACUGAUGAGAUAUAUAAGGAAUCAGUACAAUUAUAUGAGCAGCUCUGUGCAAAACGAAUAUUCCUGUUUUUAAUUUAUAGAUUCAUGAAUAUAUUGUGAAAUGAUGUUUUUAUUUCAACUGAGGGUUUUGUGCUGAGCUGAUCAAAUGACAUUUUUACUCUUUUAUAUUUUGUAAACAGACACAAGAGACAAUAUACAAUGUACGUUGGUGCAGAAAACCCAAAAUUGUAGUGUCCUAUGAUGCUUCAUUUAGUUGUACCCUGAAAAAGUUAAUAAAUAAUGUCCAACUGAAA